AUGCUCAGACGACGAGACGACAUGGAAGUUAGAGCCUCCUGCUUCAGAGCGUUGUUGCUGCUAGUUGCACUUGGUCACUUGAGUUACUCUCUGAAAGGAGAUGCAGCUUCUCUUCAUACUGUUACCUCCAAACAGCAGUUCUUUGAAUACGAGUCCAUCUUUUUUCGCUGUGUGGGGUUAGAUCCCUCGGUUAAAUGGAAAGGGGUGAGAAACACCGACAAUUUUCUUCCAACGUGUAUGAACGACACAGGAAAGCCAACGAUGCACUGCAUCUUCCACGGUUUCGAAACGGACAGUGGAAAAUACUGGUGUGAAAGCGAAGAAGGAGAGAGAAGCAGCGCUGUCAACAUCACUGUUACUGCUGGUUCUGUGAUCCUAGAGAGUCCUGCUUUCCCUGUGACGGCGGGACAAACUGUCAUCCUGGUGUGUAGAAACAAGGCAGCUCUUGCAAACCAAAGAGUUGAUUUCUACAAAGACGGCCUCCACAUCGGGACCGGAUGCUUCGGAAAGAUGAUCAUCCAGGAUGUUUCCAAGUCGGAUGAAGGACUGUACAAGUGCAGCAUCUCCACAGCUGGUGAAUCACCAGAGAGCUGGCUGACUGUGACGGAAAACAGCUUAAAAGAAGAAACCAAAGAUGGUAUGUCUUCAUGUUGUUCAGUUGAUUCUGUGGUCCUGGACAGUCCUGCUCACCCUGUCAUGGAGGGAGAAGCUGUGAUGCUGCACUGUAGAAGCAACAUGUUAUCGGCCAACCUCUCGGCUGUCUUCUAUAAGGACGAGCUCUUCAUUGGGACCGGCUCUACAGGGACCAUGACCAUCCCCAACAUCUACAAGUCUCAUGAAGGACUCUACAAGUGCAGGAUAUCUGGAGUUGGAGAAUCACCAGGAAACUGGCUGACUGUUAAAGAGCUCCACAGAGAAACUUGCCUCUGGUCAGACCACUUCUUCCACAGCCUCCUGCUCUUGAGGACUGUUUUCACUGUGGUGAUGGUGGUUCUGCUGCUUCUGCUGGUGGGACUCCUUCACUUUGGGAAACUUGGAGGUAGACACAAAGACCUCACUCGAAGAUGAAAGGAUCAUGAAUGAAACAGAAAAGAACAAACUAUGCACUGUUGUAUGUUUUACUUUUAAUCUGCAAUCGGUAUAUGUUUAAUUUUACUUACGUUUUGUGCACUUAAAUGCAUCAUUGCGCCUGCAAAGACAUCGAAGAAGUGCAAAGUCUGAGGUUUAUGAAAGCUACGUGAGAAAAAGAACAGCGUAUAAUGUAUUUUACCACAGAAAAUACCUUGAAGAGUAAAUAAGGAAAACAGUUGUUGCUGAAGUUCUGCUGUCUUACGCUUGCAGUGGCUGAGUUCACUCUGAAAGCAGAACAGGUCAAAAACCACAGAUGUUGUAGAUGCAGUUGUCCUAUUUUAAAAGGCGUCGAUUGAGUUUCAUCAGUACGUCUUCUUCGGUUUUAUUUAGACGCUGCAGGUUAAAAUUCAAGCCUCUCAAACACAAACCACUCAAGCAAAUGCACGUCUAUUUUAGUGGAAUGAAUACUCGAAGCCACAAUAAUAAAUAAUGUUCGCUUACUUCAAACUUCAACCUCAUUAUUGUGCUGCAGUAACUCAACUUUGUCUCAUCGCCUUUGUUUGGUGCCUCAUGCUUUAAUAGAUUUUUACAUUUGACAUUUGGACAGCGAGAAGUUAUAACUAGAUCAUGUAGGUUGUUUCUGUGUUUUUUGGUACUUCACCUGGUCUGAGAGGGAACUUGACGCCUCUUGAUUCAGAUUUUAUACUUCAGAAUAUCUAACCAGUACUGCCAAACUUCUGCAGGUCUUUCCUGCAUGAGGUCAUUUUUCCUAUUGGCUGUUCUGUAAAUGCACACCCUUCUAGAUUUAGAGAGAUUAAACCUUUAGCGAUCCUGCAGCAGGGGAAUUUUAGAAAAGUGUGAGUGCAUUGGCUGGGAAUCGAACCCAGGCCUCCUGCAUGGCAAGCGAGAAUUCUACCACUGAACCACCAAUGCUGGACAACCUGAGUCACUGGCACAAAAUAAUACAGGAAAAGCUGCUGUUCCAACGUCAGCAACAGCUUUCUACACUGUGAAACACCCAAAAAACAGAACGACAGAUUUUCCUUACCAGAGACGUAAUAUUUAGCUGCAAAUAAAGUGAGGUGACGCAGAAAAUAACCAGCAUUGAUUUAAUGGCAUAGUAAAAGUAAAAUGAAUUUAUUUAUUAUUUAAACCUAAUGAACAAAAAUGGCAACUUAAUUCCACUGUUUGUUCAGCAGAAAUGGUGCCCAGUACAAUUAAUGCACCCACUGUAAGGCUCAAAGUAAAGUUGAGGCCACCAGUAAUGUUCAGUUAUAGGGAGUUAAAUUAUUACACUUUGGAAACAGAUAUAGUGAAACAUUAGCAUCACAUUCACCUUUUAAUUUCUUCAUGUUUGUAUUAUUGGUUGAAGAUGAAGUUGCUUUUCAAGUUGAGCUGCUCUGCAUGUAUUGUGAUUGUGUUUUUAAGCUCAAAUAAAGAAAGCGUCUUUAAAGCACA